GAUCGGCACUUCUUUGCUCAUUUUUUGGUUGAGCAUCAAGUCCACUGCUGAUUGCAUUCCUCGUCGUCGUUCUUGGAGAGAGUAAGAGAAAAUGACAAGCCUCACGACGACGAACAGCCGAAUGGACCCUGCUGCGUACUUGUCGGAGGAGUGCAUGCUGCUCGUGUUGUCGUUCUUGCGACCCGUCCGCUGUCCUCCGCUUUGCAACUGUUGUGGAAAGCCCGAAAAGUCGGAGGAAACUCCCGAUCGUCGUCUUUUCGCUCUUUCCGUGGAGGACGAUGGUUUCGUCGAGGAUGAGGACGACGAUGCCAGAGAAUAUGAUGACGAUGUCGACAACUACGAUGAUCUCAUGGGCCGAGAUGGAAUUGAAGACGCCAUGGACGCAGACGAAAGCACGACAGGAAGCGUCUCUUUCGAUGGACAUGACGACUACGUCGAGACAGAGCAGGAGUUGAGAAACAAGGACGACGACGUCGAACAAGACACGACAUGGUCGUCCACUUACGACGCUCUGGACGCCGUGAAGUUCUAUCAUUCCCUGGUCGGUGUCUCUCGUCGAUGGAAGUCGCUCCUGGACUCCUCCAUGUACAUUCUUGUCGGCGACAUUCGGUUUGACAACUCUCGCAUCCCAGACGGAACCUUGGCGGAGCGCCUCGUGCAAUUCAUGAGCCGUCAUCGGAUCCGAAUCGAAUCCUUCUUUUGUGGCGACGGCUGGCAAGAGCUGGCGCCUUUGUUCGCCGAGGCUUUGCAGAAAUGCGACACGUCCAACUUGGUCAGUUUCCAAACGAGCGCUUCCAUGACGGACUUUGUCACAGAGGCGCCCGAGCGAUUCCUCAUCGACGUACUGGCUGACAAGUGCGGCGGUGGUUCAAGUGCCACGAGGAAGGCCAGUGCCAUGCAGUAUUUGGAUGUGCGCUUGACGGUGGACACCGAAGCGUCCAUCGUCCCGCUCCAGUUGCCAGGACUGUUCUCGCUUGCUUCCAUCAAGGUGUUGAUGAUCGACCUCACUUUGCAAGCUCCCAAUGGCAUUUGCAGUUCCGAUCUUCUCUGUCCCUUUGUGGAACACUUGCCGUCCCUCGAAGACCUGUACUUGGAAAGCACGUCGUUGCCUGCCGAGAACGACGAAGUGCUUCACAUUCGAUCGGCGUCGCUCCAGAGUCUUGCCGUCCAUGCCAUGUGGCCUGGCGUCAGUCUCUCGUUGGCAUGCCCGAAUCUGUGCGAGUUUCGAUGCCUUGGAGUGGUGGAGCCUGCCCUCUUUCAUCCCGACCGUCUCAUGGACAUUGUUUGUGUCGGUCAAAAGGUGGUGGAAUGCGAGCAAGAGGUGGAUCCAGGCUGUGUCGUGGUGGUUGUGAGUCCGCCUUGUCAAUUCUGCGUCGAAUGCCCCGGCAUGCCGCCGUUCUCGUACCCGUUUGAAGCAGUGUUCGAUGCGAACUUGCCAUUCCUGCAGUGAGUGUGUGAAACCAAUAAAUGGUUGUAUUCGAAAAACAGCGGAUCGAGCCGUCACAAAAGCACGCAGCUAGGUAGACUAGCUAGCUAGCUACGUUGUAACAGAUCUGAUCCACCAAAAGGAGCACAGCAGCCCCGCACUAGAAACAGCAGAGGCAUAAAAAAAAUAAAGCGGAAACGCUUGUACAAAAAUCAAAAAGACAUCUGGCGCAACGAUGUAGAUUUCUUUCUAAAUGGUUGGAGAUCUAUCAAUAUCGAAGGAUUGGGUGAAAAGUGUGCUGUAGAUUGAUGGAUGAUAAAAAGUGUAGCCUUGUCUGGUUGGAAUGUGUUUCCACCAGGAGAUUGUCAUGUUGGUGUUGUUUGUAUUCCGCUCUUUCGUUCUACAGUCGUAUAGUGCUAACUUGCCAGAGCCAUGUGUUGCAGAGUAUGCUGUUGCAAUGCUUGAACGGUGGUCAAGACUGGUGGUCCUCCUCCGCCAUAAUACAUCAUGGGUUGAUGACAAUUAUUGUUGGAACCAAUGCUUUCAUAAUCCCCCACACUACUGGUCGUGUCAUGGGGUUCUGGUCGUAUGGAUUCUCCCAAAUCACUAAUUCCAUCCGAUCGAGUUCUAACGCCAAGCUGUUGUUGUGGUGGCGGCGCAAUGAGUCGGGGAAUACUGGGUGUCAUCCAUGACGACUUGCUACUAGUACUCAUGAGUCGAUCCAAGAGACACUCUUGCCGCAAAAUGACUUCGGGGUAAAUGUCGUGCAGCGCCCGUUGGGUCCCAUCGAGUACCAUUUGCAUCAUGGCCACUUGUGCUUGUUGUGUAUCGAGCAAUGCCCGUUCUCGUUUGAGGGCGGAUGUGAUUUGUUUGCUAUUGGUGCUGGUAAUGUCGCAUU